UGAUGACAAGAAUAACUAUAGUUCAAACCGGAUAUUUCACUGUAGAAAGGAGGUCAAUUACCUCUGGGGAGGAUUCCUGCCAUUAUCGCCCCCGCCUCCCCCGCCCUUUUAAAAAAUAAAAAAAUAAUACAAAUUUAUAAAGUGGGAUUCGUCCCUCCCGCUUCAUUACUUUAGUUUUCUGUCUGAAAUUGAGAAGUUUGAUCUGAACACGACCUCGUUGAAUCUCAGGAUGAGCAGUAAAACUACCAGAACUUGUCGAGCUAACAAGUUCCAAUCAACAUCAUCUAUGCUAUCCGGCUUUUGUCUCAAUAGAGAAAGGUGGAGCCUCUUACUGUAGAGAUGGGAUAGAACAAAAUUAUUUUUGAAUCAAUUCUCAAAAUAGACAAAUAUAAGGAUGCCUUAAUAUACAAGAAGCGACAGCGUAGUGAUCUUUCAUCAAGUGAGAGGUCCAGUGGAGUACACUUAGCGAAGAUGCGAAACCAGAUAUACAGAAACACCAUUGACACUGUGACUUGAACAGUGGAGGAUAAAUCAAAGAGUUUUGGGAUGAAUAAGCAUGUUCGUUCGUCAGUGUUGGAUGUGCGGGUGGAUAGUAGGCCUUCUGCAACCUCUAGGCAGCAGAUGGUCACAGAAAAGAAUGGAGAUAUGCUCCAGGCAGUUAGCGGGGGUUCUGUAUGGAUUGAGGAAAAGACUCGACGACUGCUUGCUGGUGGUGAAGGAUUGGAUGAAAAAAUAAAGAAGAAACGUUCUGUUGGAGCUGUAGGAAAUAGAAUGGUGACUGGUGGCCGGGAGACAAAAUGAACUGCACAUCCAAAGCUGAAUGCUGAUUCUAAGUUACGAUCUUGUGACACUCAUGGUUUCAGAUUGAGAUCUUCCCCUGGAGUUAGUGGAAUCAACAAGUUGGAUGGUUCUUUUGGGGCUGCUAGUUCAGAUGCUUGCACGGUAGUCAGGAAUGAGCUGGAGCGUGCCCCUCUUCCAAGAGACCGUGCAGUUAUAUUGGAACAGAGACUUUUAGCAAAAGGAAAUAAAAAGUCAAAUAUUCAGGAGGAUAUUCCAGCUAGCAGUCCUAAUACUAUGGUAAAAGGAAAGGUUUCUAGGGCACCACGAACUGGUUCUGUCAUGGGGCUAGAUUCAUCUCCUAGUGUUUACCAUUCAUCUGGAGCCUUAUCAGCUUGGAAACAGACUGCAGCUUUAAAUAAAGGUCCAGUUGUAGGUGUGACCAAUAACCAAAGGCGUACAAUAUCCACAGGUCCAUCGAUGCAUCCCAUGGCCUAGUGGGUAGGCCAGAGACCGCAUAAAAGUUCACGCACAAGGAGAUCAACUUUAGUUCCAACUGCCUCAAACGAAGCUGCAGCUCAGAUUUCAUCUCAAGGCCUUGCUAAUGCUAAUUUUUGUGCAAAAACUUCGUCUCUUGGGACCAAGGGAUCACCACAGGCCUGCAGUGUUGAUAACGAUACCGUAAAAGUUAAGAAGGAACCUGCAAGUGUUUCAUCUCCAUUUGGACUUUCUGAAAGUGAAGAAUCAGGUGGUAUUGAAAACAAAUUGGAAGAGAAAGGGUUUGAUAAUGGCAACAUUGCCUUGGUUGGAAUCCAUAAAACUGGUGCCUUUGUAUUGCCCACAAAAAAGAAUAAAAUGCCAAAUAAUGAUAUUGGAGAUAAUGUGCAGAGACAUGGAAGGAGUCGAAGGGGUUCAUCCUUAACAAGGCCAGGAAUUCCUCCAGCUGUGGAGAAAUUGGAGACUCUAACAAUGACAAAGCCACUGCCUGGUUCCGAAAAGAACAGAAGUAAAUCAGGUCGUCCACCUUCGAAAAAGUUGAAAGACCGCAAGGCUUUAAUUCGUGUUGGGCCAAUAGUAAACAGUAAUUCUUUGAAUUAUACAGGAGAAUUUAAUGACAACUGUGAAGAACUAUUCGUAGCUGCAAAUGCUGCUUGUAAUGCUAGUAGUCUUGCUUGUUCUGGUCCAUUUUGGAAUAAAAUGGAAGCUAUUUUUGCUUCUGUCAGCUCUGAGGAUUUGUCCUACUUGAAGCAACAGCUAAGUUUUGCAGAGGAGCUUGACGAGAAUAUGCCUCAGAUGUUUGGCAUUGCAUAUAAUAAUGUCUCGGGUGUUGGUGAGCUUAAAGAAGUCAAUGAAUUUUCUGGUGGAAGACAGAGAAGCCAAUCCCAUCAAGAAUCAGCUGAGACAGAUUCUUUAAAUGGAAGAUUUGACACUAGAAAGUCGGACAAGUUUACUCCAUUGUACCAAAGAGUUCUUUCUGCUUUGAUAGAAGAAGAUGAAAUUGAAGAAUUUUACCACCAUGGUGAAGGAAAAACUUUGUCUCUGCAGUAUGCUAGUGAUGAUUCUCAUCGUGGUUCAUGUUACCAGAUUGAUAUUGAACCCAAAGACUGGGACAAAAUGGAAUCUGAGGUUGAGUCGAAAGUGGAUUCUCAGACUCAGAGUAAUUACUUAGACAGACUCUCUUGUGACAGUAGUAUCAGAUCUAACUCACAAAGAAACCCAACCGUAUCCAGUUCUUUACAUAGCAAUGAACGGUGGUGGGGAGAUUAUGAAUUCGCACAUUUUGAUCUGGGACCCACCAGCGAAAUUUGUUUAGAUAAUCUUGGUCAGCUGCAGGCUGGGGAAUUAAGUGCUGGCAACCUGUCUCCCUAUACUUGCCAUUAUCAGCUGUUAAGCCUGGAUGAUAGACUUCUCUUGGAACUGCAGAGUAUUGGCUUGUAUCCAGAAAUAUUGCCUAAUCUGGCUGAGGGAGAAGUGAUUAAUCAGGACAUCAUGGAACUUAAUGAAGGACUGUACCAACAGAUUGGGAUAAGGAAGAAAAACUUGGGAAAAAUAAAUGAUGCUGUUCAAAAGGGGAGAGAUGUUGAAAGAAGGAUAAUGGAGGAAGUUGCACUGGACCAACUGAUUGAGUUAGCUUACAAAAAAAAGAAUGGCUAGCAGGAGGAAUUAUGUUUCAAAAAAUGCAGUCCAGAAGGUUUCAAACAAGUUGCAUUAGCUUUUGUCAAGCGCACUCUUGCUAGAUGUAAAAAAUUUGAAGAUACUGGCAAUAGUUGCUUUAGUGAGCCCGCACUCAAGGAAGUCAUCUUCUAUGUACCUCCAUGCAAUAAUGACACACAAUCAGUCGACUGUGUUGGUUCAGGAACUGCCAGUAAUACAUGCAAUGAAGCUCCCCACCAAGCUGAAGCUAGGGGAUCGGAUAAUAUUGACCGGGGUUCUUCAGAUGCUCCCCAAAGUGUCAUUCACACUUUUGAACAAGCUUCUUCGAAGCAUAGCUGUAUGCUCGUUAGGGAAAAGAAGAGGGAAAUGCGGAUUGAUGAUGUUGUUGGGAGUGCUUCCUCAAGGGUGACAUCAGCUAUUGACAGCCCUGUUCUUGGUGGAUCAAAGGGAAAGAGAAGUGAGAGAGAGAGGGAUUGGAAAUGAGAUAAUUUAAAUAACUGUGUCUCUGGAGCAGGUCGUUCCUCACUGGACAGCUUCCACAGUGAACGCAAAACAAAAGCAAAGCCCAGGCAAAAGAACAAUCAUCUGUCAUUAAUGGAAGUGAUAGAUCCUGCUUGUCCGCCAGUUCACGGAUCUAGUCAACCAGCGGCUAUGAUUGGCCACAAACUGAGCAAAGAAGUAGGUUCACUCUUGCCCGGUAAUAUUCCUCAGGAAUCACGUAAAGAGGCUGCGGAAUCCCUUUCCCCAAACUUGCAACCUAAUGAACUUGACUCAAUGGAUGUACUGGGUGUAGAUGGAUAUCAAGAUUUCAGUUCUUGGUUAGACUUUGACGAAGAUGCCUUGCAAGACCAUGAUUCCAUAGGUCUUGAAAUACUCAUGGAUGAUCUCUCAGAUUUGAAAAUGCUUAUCUGAAAACAAUUAUUCGAUCAAUCCCUUUCUGAUUGGUCAUUAGAUUAUCAUUCUAGAACCGAAUUUGAGAGGGAAGGUCAAGACUGCUCUAGCUCAAGGAAGCUGAUAAAAAAUUGUAAUUACAGAUUGAACUAUAACUGUUCCUUCCUAGUACCAAAAGUAUAUAACAUUUAAUCUCUCUCCAA